AUGCUACGAACUUGGGUAAUUGGUAGCCUUCUCUUUACAGUCGAAGCUGCUAGCUCUGGAUCGCUCAGAACUCUCCUCUACAAUGUUGCCGGUCUCCCAGGUACCCCUCUCCCUCUCUCCCCUAUAUUCCCUUCCUCUUCCUCCUUUUUUAGACUAACAAUCUCAGAGCUACUAUCUUCCUCUAGGCCCUCCAGAAAUACCCCUUACAUAUCCCAGCGCCUGGCAAACUACGACCUUAUAAACGUUCAAGAAGACUUCAACUACCAUGCCGCCCUCUACGCCUCCGACGCCCACCCCCACCGCACCCCCACGUCGGGCGGUGUCCCAUUUGGCGACGGCUUAAACACCCUCUCCAAUUUUCCAUUCAUGGACUUUACCCGAAUAGGGUGGACCGACUGCUUCAUCAAUUCAGGCGACUGCCUCACGCCGAAAGGGUUCACAUUCAUGCGCGUGCAAUUAGACCCGCACGUUUGGGUGGACGUGUACAACCUCCACACAGACGCUGGCAGCCAGUCCGAGGAUCGAAAGGCGCGAAGGGAAAACGUGGCCCAGAUAGUCAAGCACAUAAACACCUUCUCGGCGGGCAUGCCCGUGGUGAUAAUGGGCGACACGAACAUGCGAUACACCACCAUUUCGGAUUCCGCCCGAGCUCUGGUAUCCGGCGCAGCGGCAACCGACGCCUGGGUUCAGACCUGGAAAGGCGGUGUCGCCCCGGCCGAGGACGGGGUCGCCUUGAGCUGCCCCUUCCCCUUCCCGAGCACCGUUACCGACCAGGCCACUCUGAGCGCUUGCGAGACGGUGGACAAGAUCCUGUACAGGUCCUCCCCAGUGCUCACGCUAAACGCGACGGGGAUGACGAACGAGCACAGGGUCUUCGUGCACCCGACCACCGACGACCCGUUGAGCGACCAUUACCCGCUCUCCGCGACGCUCGAGUGGACCGUCGGCAAUUUGCGAUUGUCGAAUGUCGCUGGAGGCCCGCAUGGUAACCAUUACAAUGAUAUACCCGCGCUGUCAGCGAGUCCCACCACUCCGAGCAUCACAACGCUCACCCUGUCCGGCGGGAGACGUGUGGAUAAGAUUUCGGCGUCAUUUGAUAGCAUCGGCGAAAUUUCACACGGCGGCAGUGGCGGCGAGGCUACGAGUAUUACCCUGGGCGCUGGAGAGACCAUUGUCGGCGUGUACGCUUGCUCUGGAGAGAAGAAUGGGCAUACCCGCGUGUUUUAUUUGAGGGUUACGACGAGCGCGGAUAGGACGCUGGAGGCCGGUAGGACCACUGACGAUUGUGUGAACAUGGAGCAGCCUGAGAGCGGUUUCAGGGUUGCUGGGUUCUGGGGAAGGAGUGGGGAUGAAGUCGAUCGUGUGGGUGUUAUCUGGGCGAAAUAG